AUGUCUCAAUACAUAUCCUUUGAUGAUACACAUAUUGUGUACGACUCAAACGAUCCUUUUGGACUAUUGGCAGUCCACUUCUCCUUACUACCGAUCUAUUUGAUGGUGUUCUAUGCUUCAUGGUUCAUCAUUACUAGAGAGAUUGAGCCAGUGGUUGCAGUCGGUGGGCAGCUUGUGAGCGAAGGUAUCAACAAGAUCCUUAAACGAAUUUUUAGACAAGCUCGGCCGGACUUUCAUAUAGGGUUUGGAGGUGGUAAAGCGUUGUCCUACGGAAUGCCCUCUGCUCACUCACAGUUCAUGGGGUUUUUUGCGGCAUACUACACUGUCAUGGCUUGUACAUCGACUCCGCUUCUGCGCAAUUGUAAGGUUCUUGUAGGCUUGGGGUUGCUCACAGCUUGUUCUGGCGUGGCUUGUUCUCGAUGGUACUUGAUGUACCAUUCAGUGGAACAGGUUUUUGCCGGUAUGUUUUUUGGAAUGACAGUGGGGUCUGUUUACGGUGCUAUAGUAGUGGUUUUGAGAGACAUCGGGCUUGUAGAUUGGGUGCUUCUGUGGAGAAUUGUUCGUCUCUUCUGGAUCAAGGACUCGUACUACCACAAUUACAAGCUGUUCGAGACCGAGUACAAAGAAGUGGAGGCAGCGAAACAAAAAAAGUGCAAUUAA